GACGACGAUUUUGACGGCUGGCAGUUGUGUGUGUGUUUUUUUUCUUUGUGCUACCCACACACACACAAUGGCAACAGAUGAGCGUAAUUUUCGCUCCUAUUACUAUGAAAAAAUGGGAUUUCGUGGUGUGGAGGAAAAGAAAUCGCUCGAGAUCUUACUAAAAGAUAAGCCUCUAGAUGUGAUCAAGUUAAAGCAAUUCUGUUUGCGCUUUCCUGUACCUGCUCUACACCGCAAUAAAGUCUGGAAAAUCCUGCUAGGUGUCUUAUCUGCAUACACGGACAGUCAUCAGUGGAUCUGGGAGCAGAGACAGAUACAAUUCAGUGACCUCACCCAUGCACUUGAUGUGAUGGGUAACACAACAGCAGCCACCUUACCCACAGAGAAAUUACUCCUGGCCUGGCUGCUGGAAAACCGGUGCCUUCAUUUUGACUAUAUUAUGCAGCUCCAAAGACCAGAUCAUUUGAAAAAGCUUGCCAUCCUUGAUACCUGCCUCAAACUCUUUGAUAGAGAGGUUGAUGCCUAUUGGUUGGCAAAAGGUUUCUUCCACUUCUCUACCAAAUUCAUUCAGGGACAUGUAAAAUUCAAAGAGUUAAUGAAGAUGAAAUUGGAAAUUGAAGAUUCAAUUUUGUACAAACAUGUUAUUGAUCUUGGAGCUAUGGAAACCCUUCCAUUGGAAUAUUGGUUUGGCCAGUGUUUUGCUGGAUACAUAGCUGAAACUUCUCUAGUCAGAAUCUGGGAUAAAUUACUUGGUGGUUCAACACAAAUCAUAGUCUUUCUUGCUGUAGCUUUAAUCUUACAUUUUCGACAUACCAUUUUAGCUUGCAAUAACUGCGAAGAAAUAAAUCUCUGCGUCAGUAAGGUGACAAAGGAAACGUCUGAAAUCGUUGUAAAUGAAGCAAUUGAGUUAUGGCAAGAGCACGGUGGACCGAUUGGCUUAAUGAUUACCGAUCUUCCCAAACAAAAGUGAUGCAAAAUAUAUAUAUUAUUACCUGGUGACUCUGUCGACUAAUAAAGCCAAAUUUAUUGUGAAA